AAAAAUUAAAAGAUAGCGUACAAACAUGGACAUCGGCGAUGAUCAAGUGAGUGAGAUGGAUACCUCGCGUAUAAGUAAAACGUCGAAUCGACGCUCCGACUUUGACAAACAUCGUUGAGGUAUCUGAUUGCGCGGGGUUGUCGUCAUCUGUUGACAGUAUCCGACGCUCGACCGUCUCGAAUGCCAUGAUUAAAUCCUCGUCGUCCUCCCCGGUGGUAAGGAAGUGGAUAUAAUUUCGAUCGGACCUCGCAACGAGAGAGAGAUUCGUAUAUAAAUACGACGCGCUAACGUUCAUCGUCGACCGCGAUAUAAUCGACGUUACGGAAAUGUGAAAUUUUCGAAGACGACGACGGUGCCGAUGUGACGUGACGUCGUAUUGAAAAAUUUACACGACGAUCGAAUUUAAAAAUUAUACUCGUCCGUUGUAGUGUAUUUUAUUGAUUGAUUGAUUUUUUUUUUUUUUUUUUUUUGUAAAAUCAGUUGGAGGAAAUACAAUAGAAAAUAUCGGGUAAUGCGACAUCAAGAAGAAGAUGGUAGUUCCCGUUCCGUGGGAAUCGUGGUUUUUUUUCACGAUAUUAACCCUAACGAUCGUCAUAGCAAAUCAUCAUCAUCAUCAUCAUCAUCAGCACGAUAAUUCCGUUUAUCUCUACCAACGUCCGAUAGAGAAAAACAGCAGGAAACCGAGAAACGAAUCAUCUUCCUUUUUUCAAGACGAGAUGAGUCUGCAGCUUCCUCCUAUUCGAGUACCUCACUUGAGGCAUCAUCACGUUACGCACUGGGGUCCGUAUUUCGAAAAUGCAGAAAACGACGAUUCGGCUAUCAACGGAAUUCGACACGUCGUUCUUCAUCUCGGUACGAUCGCGAUGCUGGACUGCCGAGUCGCCAUGCUCUCCGAUAAAACGGUAAUGUGGAUGAAACGUAACGCGGAACGAGUGUCACUUUUAACCGUUGCCAAAAGUACCUACAGUUCGGACUUGAGAUAUAGUCUGAGUUUUCAGUAUCCGAAUAACUGGAGGCUCGCAAUAGCUUCGGUUCAACGCGAAGAUAACGGUCUCUACGUCUGUCAGGUGAACACCCACCCUCCAAGAAUGCUAACUACGAAUGUCACGGUCUUAGCACCGGACAUAAGAAUCGUUGACGAAGCUGGUCACGAAGUACAGGAUCGUUACUACAAAACCGGAAGUGGGGUUGAACUUGCAUGUGUGGUAAAAGCGUCGCGACGGGUAGUCGAAAAAUUGCUACCAAGAUGGUUGAAAAAUGGUGAAAAAAUACCGGACCAUAUUAACGUUUAUCACGUGAACGGAUCUGAAGACAAAGUGACGACGAGAAUUUACAUCGAAAAAGUCGCGAAAAGCGACAGCGGCGAAUAUACCUGCAGUUUUGAUCAGCACAGUACUUCGCUCGUUCAUCUGCACGUUUUGAACGGUGAAAAGCAGGCAGCUGUUCACCACGACCAAUGGAAUUCUGGAAAAGUGAAAAGGGAGAACAAAAAAACUAUGAUAUUAUUAUUAAUUAUUUUGUUCAGUGAUUUACUUACCGUUGCCAAUGGAUGCAACGUUGGGAGUAGGAUUUCUAAUGUCCUAUUUUAACAUUGAUUUUCAAUUGCUCUUCUUUGGAAAAUCCACACAUCCGCAUGCACGUAUACGUGUCGUUGCAUCCCGAUCUUGACGAUCCAGUAACUAUAAAAAAUUUGAUUGAUUAAUAAUCGAUCGAUGCCAUUAUUAAUUGAAUAAUAUUUAAAUCAGUAUUGCCAUUCUAUAUAUCACAUGAGUACGAAUAUUAUUGUGAAGCAGUUGAAUGACGUAUAGUUAUAUGGAAUUAAAAAUUAAGGAUGAAAAAAUAAUUACACGAUGUGAAAAUGAAGUUAAAAGGAGAAAAGAAGAAAGAACAUCCUCAAUUAUGCGUGUGCAAUUGUAACUUGUGGGGUAAAAUUAAAUCAAUUGUAAAUAUCAUUACUAAUUCCGCUACAUGUAUUAUAUAUAUAUGUAUAUUACGAUUAUUGUUAUAUGAAUAUUAUGGAUAUAUAUUAUACACUGUAUGUAUAAGCAUCGUUAAUAGACAUGCUAUUCAAUAAUAAUGAAUGUAAAAUAAAAGAUUCUACUCACCUUUAAGAUAAGAAAAUAACUAUGACGAAAAAA